UUCUUUAGUUUAUUCUUCCUAAUAUUUUGGCUUUGUUUUUAUUUUGUAAAUGGGGAUUUUCUUUUAACUGUGUUUGCGUUAAAAGAACAGUGGAAAUGUUGACCAGGGAACCAAAUCCCCCCCUCCUCCACGUCCCACAAUAAUAAUAAUAACAUCUAUAACAAAACCUAUUGAUUGAUUAUUUAGGUAAAUGUGGUCAGCCAAUCCCCCUUGCAAGGCCAGUGUUGCUCUUCAGGGUUCUGUCAUUUCUCAGCGCAUGAGACACGGCGCAGCUGUGUCUCGUGUGACACACACAAAGAGAAAUGAAGUUGCCACGGCAGCAGACUCUCCCCAUGUGGCCCUUUUGUAAGAAGGAACGAGCCGCGGAGGGGGUGGGUCGGUGAGGGGGGGAGGGGGGAGCGGGGGGCAGGGGGAGAGGGAAAAAAAAUUGUGGAAAAGUGGAGAAAGCAGUCGAGCCACUGUUAUUAUAUAAGGUCAUAAAAAAAAAGGGAGAGAGAGAUGGCCAUUACCAUCAAGGACACCAUUACACGGCUGGCAUGUAUUUCAUCAUCAUCAUCAUCAUCAUCAUCAUCAUCAUCAUCAUCAUCGGCUGUCUUGGCUCUCGCUUCCACACGGCCAUUAUCGUUUCCCCCUCAUCAUCAUCAUCAUCAUCAUCAUCAUCAUCAUCAUCAUCAUCUCCCCUCAUCAUCAUCAUCAUUAUCAUCAUCAUCGGGGCCCUGCCAUUACGGUCAUCAUCAUUAUCAUUAGGGCUCAGUAAUCAUCCACAUGGGGCUCCCAGAGGGGGCUGUUGCUGCCGCAUAUAAGGGCAGCCCCCGCUCCUCUCCUGCCUCACAUACCACCAGCCCCUGCAAGGGAGAGGAGAGGAGCAGAUCAGGGCUUUGCUGUCUGACUGACUGUCUGCUGAGAGAGAGCUGUUUGGUUCAGAGAGAGGGAGAGCGAGGGGAACAGAAGCUUUGUUUUUUUUCUUUCUUGGUAUGCCUUCCUAGGGCUGGGAAAGGAAUUUUUCUUUCCUAUUUUUCCCCCUUUGUUUUGGUGUUGGGUCUCCUGUUGAACUUCAGAAGUAGCGGCUGAGAUCGGUUUCUCUGUGUAUGCCCAGAGCCCCACUUACAGCCACCUCAGCAUGGACAGCGAAGCAGAGCGCUCCCUCGGAGCCGACGACAACCGGAGCCGGGAGGAGGGCGGCGGCGGCGGCGGCGGAGGCCGACGACCAGGGGGAGGGGGAGGAGGAGCCCUCCCCCAGCCCGUGCCCGCCUUCCCCCCUUACCUCUCCUGCCGGGGCUGCGGCCAGCUCCGUGACGAGCCCCUCGGCCCGGGCAUCGAUCUGGUGGGGCCCUACUGCCUGCGCUGCUGCAAGGCCUCCCGCGAGCUCAAGGGCGGCGGCGGCGGCGGCGGCGACUACUGCUCGCCGUUCGGCGGCGGGGGCGGGAUGGAUGGCAUGAGCUCGGAGGACUCCCGCGAGCACCUGGAGGAGGAGGAAGACGACGAGGACGACGAGGACGGCGCCGGCGGGAGCGAGGCGGGCGACAAGGCGUUCCUGGGCGAGGACGGCCUGGCCCGGCUGCACUCGUGUCACCUGUGCGGCUUCUCAUCGCGCUACGCCAACCACGUCAAGAGGCACAUGAAGACGCACAACGGCGAGAAGCCCUACAACUGCCCGCUGUGCACCUACGCCUCGGCCCAGCUGGUCAACCUGCAGCGGCACCUGCGCAUCCACACGGGCGAGAAGCCCUACAAGUGCGACCGCUGCUCGUUCGCCUGCAGCUCCCUGGGCAACCUCAAGAGGCACCAGCGCAUGCACUUCACCUCCUUCCCGGGGGGCGCCAUGGCGCCGGAGCCCCUGCAGCCCGCGCCGCACGGGGGCCAGAACGGGCUGAAGAGGCCCGGGGCCGAACGGGGCCCCAGGGCCGGCCAGGAGGAGCCCGGCGCGUCGAGCAGAGAGCUCUCCAGGCCGUCCUCCAACCUGAACCCAGGUCCCCAGAACAGCGACUACCUUUCCGCCUUCAACAGCCUAAAGGGGACCCCCCCGCUGCCCCCGCCCCUCCUGGCCAGCCCCAACCCCAACCCCCCGGCCCCCAACCUGCGGCCCUCCCCUGUGCACCUGGAGGCCCCGGGUCGGAGGAUGAGCUCGCACACCGUCAAGGUGGGGCCGCCAGCGGGGAGCGGCGGCGGCGGUGUUACUGGCGGAGGCGGCGGCGGCGGCGGGCGCCUCCCCCUCUUCCCCUACACCUGCCGGCUGUGCGGCGUGGUGCUGGAGGACGAGGACGGCACCACGGCGCAGAUCUGCGCCAAGUGCACGCUGGACAUGCUCACCAAGGACGCCUCGUCGUCGUCACCGGGCAGCCCCGGCGAGCGCAGCGACAAGGUGUACACGUGCGCCGCCUGCCCCUUCCUCACGCACUACCCCAACCACCUGGCGCGCCACAUGAAGACGCACAGCGGCGAGAAGCCCUACCGCUGCCCGCAGUGCGAGUACGCCUCGGCGCACUUCGACAACCUGAAGCGGCACCACCGCGUCCACACGGGCGAGAAGCCGUACAAGUGCCACCUGUGCGACUACGCCUGCGGCAACCUGGCCAACCUGAAGCGGCACCAGCGCGUGCACUCGGGCGCCAAGCCCUUCCAGUGCGCCGUGUGCAGCUACAGCUGCAACCAGAGCAUGAACCUCAAGCGGCACAUGCUGCGGCACACGGGCGAGAAGCCGUACAAGUGCCGCGAGUGCGGCUACACCACGGGCCACUGGGACAACUACAAGAGGCACCAGAAGAAGCACGGCCUGGCCACCGACGGCUGGGUCAAGGUGCAGCCGCCCGGGAGCAGCAACCAGGUGGUGGAGGACGACGACGACGACAUGGAAGAGGGGAUGAGUGGUGGCAGUCUACAGGCCCAGAGGAAGGAAGCCGGCGUUGAUAUGCAGUAUAGAUGAGGACGAGGACGAGGAGCAGGAAGAGGCCGCUAGAGUUGUUGUGUUAUUUUUGUGUGCCAUGAACUUGAGAUUGUAUGAAUAAUUAAAUUCAGUAAAACUAAGCUACCAGCAAAUUGUAUUUAUAUUUUCCUUCACAAAGCCUUUAUAUUGUUUGAUUGUUUUUGUUUGUGGCCGGCCGUGGCCGCUACUCUUGUUUGUAGAACGCUACAAAGUCAAGGAGGAAAGGCAAACAGUUGAAAGAUCAUCUGAUGCCUUCAGACUCAGAGAUGUGGAAGGAGAGGAUUGAACGUUUUUUCUUAUUUGUCGUCCCUUUGUAUUAGUUGGAGCUGAGAUAGAACCACGCCAGUUACCGGCACACAUUCAACAAGACUCUAGAAAACUGCCAAACGCAUAUUUCCUUUCGUUAAUGACCAGCUGGUUUCCUUCCCAAAAUGAGUCUGCACCUAGGAUUUAUUUUCUGGGAUUUGAUGAGAAGGUUGUGUACUUUCUGAAUGGAGUAGAAGGGUCAGGACCCUUCUUGAGAGUCUGAGGUCUGGAAGGGAGUGUUGGUUAUGCUCCAGACACAUUUUCAUCCACUCAUUCAAACGGUUGCUAUUGGGAUUUCAAAUCCGUGAAAAAACAUUUUCGAAUAGCUUUUGCUUAUGGUGGUCCUAACUUUGUCCUUUUAAUCAUGUUGUGUAGCUUUGGAGUUCUUCUUCAGUAUGCAAAUGACAUGAGACCGGUCAGUGUAUAAAUGAUACCUUGGAGAAAAAAAUAUGGAAUUGUAUUCGUUAUCGACUGUGGGAAAUAUAGUAUAAAAUUAAGUGAAUGCUAAUCUAAUUAAAUAUUUCACAUGUAUUCAAAACCCCUCAGGAAUGAAUAGACUUUUGUUUUCAUUUUUUUGGGGGUUGGAGUUGACAUAAAUUAUAUUGCAUACAAACAUAUCUCCAUUAUGUCCAUUACAAAUCUCAAACUAAGCAUUGACGGUAUCACCACACGAUUUCUACCAAUUAUGACACCCCUGGAUUUGUUACGCUUGAUUCAAGCGGUUCAGACAAAUUUAUGGAGUAGAAUCUUUCUUAAACGCCCCUAUUUAAUUUACCAGCAGGUGUGAUAUGGAUCCAUAAUAAUAAUAAAAAAAAACGAUUAGCCACGUGCGAUCACCAGUGCACAAGUGGCUUACAUUGGCUGAUCCGCAUCACACCCCUAGGGGCCGUUGAACAAAACAAGAUGCCCAUGUUAACCCAAUGCAUGCCGAGCCAUCAUGGGGUUUCAAACGGCAUUCUGAUUGUGAUCUUUUGUUUGUUCCUUCAACCUUACUGCCAGACCUUCCUCCUUCGUUCUGUCUUAAAUUGUCUCGAGUCUUUAAGCAUAAUUUGGGAAGUUGAUCGUUUUUUUUUCAUCCCGCUUUCGAUUGCUGUGUCUUACUGUGAAUCUAGUUGUCUUUUUUGUAUGGUUUUACUUGAAAAAAAAAUCUAUAUAUAAAACUAGACACUUUAAUAAGCAUGUUUAUGUCAAAGUGGACUAUACGGUUAUAGUUUAGUUAUUUUUCUAAUGUGGCUGUGUGGACACCGAUUAGAAGUGCUUUCUUUGUAAUUAUUACAUAGAACAAUUUUGUAUCUUGAAUGUGUAACUUGUCCGUGGCAUUUAGUCCGUUUUGUUGGGGAGGGAAAUAAUAUGUGGGACUGUCUUUUUUUUCCAUCUUUCUGUGAACUAAUAUUAUAUGCAAGUAAAAUACUUUUUCAGGUUGCCAUGACGAGGAGCAUUGAAACCUAUGUAGACUGCUGAGAGAUCCCUCCGGUGCACCGAUUAGUUCAUAUGCAGUGUUUCAUAAUUGCCUUAAGUGAUGAUUUCUAAAUAAACACCUAUACCUGUGUUCAUUUA